AGCUCCAGGGCUUGGGAAAGCGGGGAGAUAAAUUUGCAAAAGAAUAUACCUUCCUCUGCUCUGCAAAUAUCCCUCUCCUCCCUCCUUUUCUCCCUCUCCCUUUCUCUCUCUUCUCUCUUUCUUCAUAAUUCCUCUCUCUCUCUCUCUCCUUCAGCUUUCGGAAAGUCGUUUCUUUUUCUUCCUCUCCGCCUACCGCACGCAGUCCCGUGACCAGCUUUUCAGUCCCCUCCCCCCCUGCCUUCUCCGUCCUUCUUUCUGAUCAUGGAGUGGGUUCACGAGCUGCUCGCGACCGCCGUCCUCGCCGUCCUCCUCUCCUUCGUCGUCGCCAAGCUCGUGUCGGUGGCCAUGGCCGGCGACGACGUCCGCGAUCCCGACGGCGAGUCGGGCGAGCUCGCCGAUCGCGCCCCCGCGCCGGGAGGCGCCGAGGUCGGGGCGCGGCUGAGCUCCCGGGGGCCCGAGAGCGAGAGGGGAGUCGAGUUCGUGCGGGGAGCCGCGGCGGGUAAGGUCGAUCGGUUUGGAGACGAGGUCGCUUCUGCGGUGGAAGUUGUUGAGCCGGCGCGAUGCGGCGAGGAGGAAGUUGGGACGGAGCGCGGCGAGGCGGCGGAGGGACCGCCGGUGGCUGUUGAAUUGCCGGCUGAGCCGAAGGCGGAGGAGGAGAGUGUUGGUGCGUCGGAGUUAGUCGUGGAGAAAGAGAGCGAAUGUCGUUCCGGUGGGGCCGGGGAAGACGACGACCGUCCUUCGCUCGGAGGAAAAGACGAGGAGCCGCAGCCUCGUGUGCCUAAAAGUGCGGAGGCAGCGCGAGCAGAGCAGUCAGAGCACGAACAAGAGCGAAUUGAUGAAAAAAAAGAGGUUUUGAGGGUGGGCGGUGAUGAUGCCGGCGACGGCGACGGCGACGGCGACGGCGACGACGACGACGACGGCUGGGAGGGGAUCGAGAGGAGUGAGUUGGAGAAGAAAUUUGCCGUGGCGGCGAGAUAUGUCGACCCUGCGAAUACGGAUGAUCGGCUGGAGAGCAUCGGCAGCGACGUGAAAAUGCAGCUCUAUGGCCUCCACAAAGUGGCCACCGAAGGGCCUUGCCACGAAACGCAGCCUAUGGCCCUCAUGGUCUCUGCCCGUGCUAAGUGGAAUGCUUGGCAAAGGCUAGGGAACAUGAGCCCAGAUGUGGCAAUGGAGCAGUACAUUUCUCUUCUAGCUGCAAAAACUCCAGAUUGGGAAGUGGCAAAAACUGCUGAUGAGAACAAAUCGGAUGUUGCAAUGCUUAAAGCUCAGGAUUGUAACUUAAGCACCGGUUCAUGUGAUCAACUUGAGUACACUAAUCUAAGGAAACCAUCAAUGGAAUCUCUUACUGGUCAAACUGAUAUGAGUAAGGAUGAAAAUCAGUGAACAGGGUUGAGGAGAGAUUGGCAUUACAUUGUUUAUGUCCUCUUGACUGUGGAGGAACUGGAUCUGCUGGGAGUUAUAUAGAUCGGCAGCCACAGUUUGAGGUUCUCCUUCUGUUAAUAUUAUCCAUUGUUUGUCUAGUCGACGUCCAUGAUUGUGUUCAAGGAGCUGCGCAUGUGGCACAUAAGCAUGUAUAUGGGUAUGUACAUAGAUAUGGAGUCUGAGUAAAACGGUCCUUAAAAAGGCUUCUAUGCUGGGGAAACUGUAUGCACUUACUUUCUGCUUACAGCUUGCCGGUGUUCUGAAUUCUCUAAAUGGUGAAGAGAAUAUGAUUUCACUUUACCUUAAAAAUGAAAAGGUUUGUCCUUCUGGAAUCUCA